AUGGUUUCUCUUAGGCCAUUAGUUGCUCUAACUCUCUCUUCCUUUGUUCUAACUUGCCUUCUAUGUUUAGCUGAAGAAACUAACUAUUCUUCUUCCAAAAUCGGUCGAGGCUACCGUUUGAUAUCCAUUGAAGAUACACCUGAUGGUGCACUUGUAGGUCUCCUGCAAGUUAAGCAGAAGAACAAUAUUUAUGGUGCUGACAUUCCCCUUUUAUGCUUCUACGUCAAGCACGAGACCGAGAAUCGUUUGAGGGUACACAUAACUGAUGCAAACAACAAAAGGUGGGAGGUUCCUUAUGAUCUUUUGCCUAGGGAGCAACCACCACCUCUGAAGAGGUUGAAGAAGAAGAAGCCAUUAUCAGUUUCAGAGUAUUCAAGCUCUGAGCUUGUUUUCAGUUACACUUCUGACCCAUUUAGUUUUAAAGUGAAAAGAAAGUCCAAUGGUGAUACCCUUUUUGACUCAAAUUCUAAUGAAUCAGAUCCAUUUGGUCCAUUAGUACUCAAAGACCAAUAUUUGGAAAUUUCUACCAAAUUGCCUAAAGAUGCUUCAUUAUAUGGUUUAGGAGAGAACACACAAUCACAUGGGAUGAAGUUACAUCCAAAUGAUCCUUACACUUUGUAUACAACUGAUAUAUCAGCUGUUAAUCUCAAUUCGGAUUUAUAUGGAUCACAUCCUGUGUACAUGGAUCUCAGAAAUGAAGGUGGAAAAUCUCAUGCACAUGGUGUUUUGUUGUUGAAUAGUAAUGGAAUGGAUGUGUUUUACAAAGGGAACUAUUUGACAUACAAAAUCAUUGGAGGUGUUUUUGAUUUUUACUUCUUUGCUGGACCAUCUCCUCUGAAUGUUGUUGAUCAGUAUACUACUUUAAUUGGAAGACCUGCUCCAAUGCCUUAUUGGGCCUUUGGAUUCCAUCAAUGCAGAUGGGGUUAUCACAACCUAUCUGUGAUAGAACAUGUUGUUGAGAAUUACAAGAAGGCCAAAAUCCCACUUGAUGUGAUAUGGAAUGAUGAUGAUCACAUGGAUGGACACAAGGACUUCACAGUCAAUCCAGUUAGCUAUCCACUUCCAAAGCUUUUAAGCUUCCUAGACAGAAUUCACAGCAUUGGCAUGAAAUAUAUUGUGAUCAAUGAUCCCGGAAUCGCUGUUAACACAAACUAUGGUGUAUACCAAAGGGGUAUGGCUAAUGAUGUUUUUAUCAAAUAUGAAGGUGAACCAUUCAUGGCUAUGGUUUGGCCAGGAGCAGUUUACUUUCCUGAUUUUCUCAAUCCGAAAACAGUUUCUUGGUGGGGAGACGAGAUUCGCCGCUUCCAUGAACUUGUUCCUAUUGAUGGCUUAUGGAUCGACAUGAAUGAAGUUUCGAAUUUCUGCACGGGAAAAUGUACUAUUCCAAAGGGAAGAUUUUGUCCACUCCAAGGUGAAAAAUUACCAAAUUCGACGUGUUGCUUGGAUUGUACAAACAUCACAAGCACGAGAUGGGAUGAUCCUCCCUACAAAAUCAAUGCGUCCGGAAAGGAGGCUCCAAUAGGCUUCAAAACUAUAGCAACUAGCGCAGUUCAUUAUAAUGGCGUGUUGGAAUAUGAUGCUCAUAGUCUUUUUGGUUUCUCCGAAGCCAUUGCAACGCACAAAGCGCUUCUUGAACUUCAAGGUAAACGACCGUUUGUUUUGUCUCGUUCGACUUAUGUAGGAUCAGGCAAAUAUGCUGCUCAUUGGACUGGUGACAACAAAGGAACAUGGGAGGAUUUAAGAUAUUCUAUAUCUACUGUUCUCAAUUUCGGAAUAUUUGGUAUGCCAAUGGUUGGUGCAGAUAUAUGUGGUUUCUAUCCAGCGCCUACCGAAGAGCUUUGUAAUAGGUGGAUUGAAGUUGGUGCUUUCUAUCCAUUCUCAAGGGAUCAUUCAAGUGUUAUUUCUCCUAGACAGGAGCUUUAUCAAUGGGAAUCCGUAGCUGAAUCGGCUAGAAAUGCUUUGGGGAUGAGAUAUAAGCUUCUACCCUAUCUGUAUACAUUAAACUAUGACGCUCAUAUUAGUGGAGCCCCGAUUGCUCGGCCUCUUUUCUUCUCGUUUCCAAAUUUUGUUCGAUGUUAUGGCCUAAGCACUCAGUUCUUACUUGGAAGUGGCCUAAUGAUUUCUCCUGUUCUCGAGCGAGGGAAAACGGAAGUUAAAGCACUCUUUCCGCCCGGAACAUGGUACAGCUUAUUUGAUUUGACACAAACCAUUGUUUCAAGAGAUGGAAACUAUGUUACCCUUGAUGCACCCUUGCAUGAAAUCAAUGUGCAUUUAUAUCAGAAUACUAUUCUUCCAAUGCAGCAAGGUGGUAUGGUAUCUAAGGAUGCCAGAAUGACACCUUUUAGCCUCAUUGUGACAUUUCCAGCCGGUGCGAAUGAAGGAGAAGCUAAAGGAAACUUGUUCAUUGAUGAUGAUGAGAUGCCAGAUAUGAAGCUCGGAAACGGCUAUUCGACCUACGUUGAAUUCCAUGCAAGUGUGAAUGAAGGAACUGUGAAAAUUUGGUCAGAAGUUCAAGAGGGAAAGUUUGCUUUAGAUCAAGGUCUGGUUAUUGAGACAAUAAAUGUGUUGGGAUUGAGCUAUGGAAGUGGAGAACUAGUUAGAAUUGAGAUAGAUGGAGAACCAUCAAUUGGUGUCUCAAAUGUGAAAGUUAGUACAUAUGAACAUAAGUACUUGUACAAGGAAGGAGGUGGAGAAAAAAAGACAGUAAUGGUUGGAUUGAAUGGCUUGAAUAUCCCUGUAGGUAAAGAAUUUGCUCUUACAUGGAAAAUGGGAUCAUGA